CAAACGGCGGCAAGUGCGCGCCUGUUUCUGCCACCACUGCAUCGCCAUGAACCCGGGCAGUUGAUUCGCUGCCUGCGCGGUCCUCAGUCGACGAUGACGUGGUUCGCAACGAAGAGUUGGCAUCACUACAUGAUCUUAGCUUUGUGGACUUUGACUGCACUCGUGCUGGCCCGAGGAGCAUCUGCUGGGACGGUGGACCACAGCCGCCAUGCGCAUCACCAGGUCUCAAGAACCACAGCCCGAAAACAGACGGGUACCAACAAGGAGUUCCUCAACGAGUCUGAACAAAGGGGGGCGGUACCGUCGAAUCCUUUCUCCGGCCCAAUGCUGAACCCCAGUUCUCCACUCCUGGCCACUACGUACUACUACAAUCCUCAUCGACAAGGAACGCCGUCAUCGGGCGUGCAUCGGCACCACGAUCUGCUGAAGGAGUCCGGUGACCAGGAGACGUGUAGGGCGGCCGACGGCAGAGACGGCACCUGCUACGAUGCCGUCCAGUGCCUGAAUCGCGGUGGCACCCCCAUGGGCAGGUGUGAGAACGGCGUCUGCUGCGUCUUUGAGGUGUCGUGUGGCGAGGCGAGCUCGGAGCGCACGGCGUACGUACGAAAUCCGGGGUUUCCGGGCUCCCACAACCGAGAGGCCAUGUGCAAGGUGCGCGUGUCCAAGCGGGACGCCGACGUGUGCCAGUUCCGUCUGGACUUCCUGACGCUGGACCUGGCGCGCCCGAUGGACGGAAACUGCUCACAGGACAUGCUUGUAGUGUCAGGCCAGAACGAGAACAACCAGGUGCCAAGGGUGUGCGGACUCAACACGGGACAGCACGCGUAUGUGGACGUUGAAGAGUCGGGGGGCAUCAGUCUCAACCUAAUGAUGGUCGGAAGCUACUCGAGAAAAUUCGACAUUAAGGUGACACAGCUGGAAUGCGAAGGACCGCAAUCUGCUCCGUCGCACUGCCUGCAGUACUUCUGGGGCACGCACGGCACGGUGAAGAGCUUCAACUACGACGAAGCCGGCGGCAGCGUCCACCAGCAGGGCUACCCUAACGACCUUGACUACGUGGUGUGCCUCCGAAAGGAGCCCGGCUUCUGCUCGGUCUCGUACGAGAUCGCCACCGCCGACGACGAGGUCGGACCGUCGCCGUUCGGCGUCGGUGCUGUGCCCACGCAGCGAGAAGGUGUACAGUUGACGUCAUCACCAAUCGUGGCUGAGUGCCCCGACGACUACCUGAUCAUCGGAGGAGUGCGAAUGUGUUCCACGGGGCACGACGGGGACAUUGAACUGCGGCACACAAGAGACCUCAACGUCACCGGACUCAACCUCAUCACGGACAGCACCCCGGGUCCUUUCUUGAUGCGCUUCGUGUCGAACAACGUGAACAACGCCAGAGGUUUCAAGCUUCACUACCGCCAGAACCCCUGCAAGUGACGAGGCGUUUUCCUCGGGACGCUGAACU